GGUCACAUGACGUUGAGCGCUCCGUAUAAAUGAGGCGGGGCGCGGGAAGAGUCAGAGUGUGUUGAACGUAUUUGGAAAUCGGUGUGUUGUGAAGAGUUCGCUUUACGGCUUGUCGACAUGAAUCCAGGUAUGAAACAGAAACUUGCCAUGGAGAAGCCUGCAAUGUCAAUCAAGAACUUCUUUACGGACAAAACAGAGGUUACUCAAAGGAGGACACUUAAAGUCAUUCAGCCUUCUGCCACUGGCCAACUUGUCGGUCGUGCCAAAGAGCCUACCAAAAACUCCACCAAAAGGAAGCUGUGGAAUGACCAAGGAACACUAAAAAAGGCAAAGGUGGAAGUUGCUAUUGAUCCAGAGCAGAGGAAAAAUGCAGACUGUUCAAGUGAGGCUUAUGAGCUCAUGAUUAAAGAAACCCCCUCCAUCCAGUACUGGAAAGAGCUUGCAGAGGAAAGGAGAAAAGCACUUUAUGAAGCCUUGCAGGAAAAUGAAAAGUUGCACAAAGAAAUUGAUCUUAAAGAUGGGGAGAUUACUCGGCUAAAACAAGAAAACGACGAGCUCCUGGAACUGGCAGGACAUGUACAGCACAUGGCUAACCUGAUUGAGAGACUUACAGGCAGUGCACCACAAAGCCUUGAAGAUUUAAAAAAUCUAGACCUAGAGGAAGCAAGAUAUGAAGAUGAAGCAGAGGAGGAAGAAAGAUAUGAAGAUGGAGCAGAUAAGGAAGCAACAUGUGAAGAUGAAUCAGAGGACUACAGUUCUUCAGAUGAUGAUCUUUAAUUUAAACCUGAAAGAACUUUUAAGUGGCCACUGCCUGGGCUGUUUGUCCUGUUAGACUUGAAACUGCCACUAUUUUCAUACUUGUAGCUAGGAAAAGCUACUAUAAACUCAUUCAAAUAUGGAGUCUUUAAAUGCAGUGCAAAAUCCAAACAGGCACUUUUCAGUUGGCCACUUGUUUUAAUGCAAAUACUAUGUAUUUUUAUCUUGCUUGUAAAUAGUUUUUUUUUUUAUUCAAUGGCCUUGAUAAAAGGUAGUUAAAUAUUUUUUGCCAAAUAAACUUCAGUUGGAGC